UGCUGCUGCGAAGGCUGUCACGCCUGUCCCGCGCGGUUUCGAGGUCCCAGCCCACGACCCCCGUGGGCGGCUCAGCGGCCACGUGCUGGGUGGCGGUCCCGUCACCGGCUGCCCUCGCCAAAACAUGGGAUUCCACCCCACUCCAACCCUAGUUACUCGGCCCAGCCCGGACCCUUCACCAGCUUUGAAGAAGCAAGCUGCCAUGAGUCCUACAGCCAAAGGAAACGAAUUCAGGCAACCACUGAUCGAGCUUGGAAGCAAACUCUUCUCUAGUCGAGUCUCCUGGUGGAUGAGAACCCAGCCCUGGCUGACACCUUGAUUGCAGCCUUACAGAAGACCCAGAACCAUCACAAGCAUCUACACUACUGCUUCAGGAGGCUGAGCUAAGCAUUCUUCACUAUGAGAGAUGUAAUGAGGUGCUCAAAGAAAACAUGGAAGGUCGAUUUGACAUGGUCAAGAAGAGGGCUAUCUGUGGUACCAGCCCCACAGGGAAGGAUGCCUGCCAGGUGAGGGUGACGGACCCAAGGAGGAUCCUGCAGUGAGCCCGGCAAUCCAGGAGGCCCCCUCAGCUUUAGGACACCUAAAAUCCCUGAAGAUUCCAGUACCCACUGUGUCUCUUGUGCUGCCCACACCCCCAGUGGGAGACACUUUGAAAUCAUUACAGGACCCUGUAUUUGGAUGCUUGCCUCCUCAAGCUAUAAGGACCUUACAGUGAAGAUGGGAAACACAUUUUUAUAUUCGGAUUGCCUAAGUGCAGUGGUCGUUCCAGUUCAAGACAUCAUUUGGCAUAGGGAUUUUAAUGCGGGCCUUAUCACUAACGACAUUGCCCUUCUUCAGCUGGCCAACUCUGUGAAUUAUUCUUCGUACAUUCAGCCAGUGUGCCUCCCUGAAAAGAAGUUUGACGUGAAAGCUGGGACACAGUGCUGGGCAACUGGAUGGGGCCGAACUUUAGAAUUCGCCACAUCACUGCCACGUGUUCUUCAGGAGACUGAGCAAAUCAUUCUUCACCACAAGGAAUGUAAUCAGAAGAUACAGACACAGUUAGGAGUCCAUCGCCAAGUAGUUGGAAGAGGGGUGAUCUGUGGCUAUCACGAAAAGAUUAAAAGUCCCUGCAAGAUUCUCAAAUCAAUAUAAAUUAUGAAGCUCUCCAAUGCACGAAGCCCAGGGACACAAGGUUAUGAUCAGAGGCUGGGCGACAAGGUGCCAACACUAGUCCAGGGAUUUGGAUGUGCCUUCACCGACCAGGUUUUGGGGGACAGUCACCCACUUAAGGCACUUGGGGGUACUUCCAUGGGACUGGCCACCACGGAGGCAAUGACAAGCCCCAGGCUCUGCAGUCAUCUUCAAGGAACCCGCACGAGGUGGGGUUACAAAGGAGACAACACCAAACCAGCUUGUGGCAAACCCUGGUGGCCGAAGAAUUUGGACGUGACACGCCAUUGGCCCUGGGAGGUGAGCCUCCGAGUGGAAAAUGAGCAUGUGUGUGGAGGAGCCCUCAUUGAUCUCGACUGGGUAGUGACUGCUGCCCACUGCAUCCAAGGCACAAAAGAGUAUUCAGUGAUUCUCGACACCUUCAAGCUGAAGCCCACGGACUCCACGAGGGCCCUCUUGAUCCCUGUGAGGGACCUCAUUACGCACCCCAAGUACUGGGGCCAGAACUUCAUCGCGGGUGAUGUUGCCCUCCUCCAGCUUCACACUCCUGUCGUCGUCAGCAAGUACGUGCAGCCCAUCUGCCUCCCGGAGCCCAACUACAACCUGAAGGUUGGGACGCAGUGCUGGGUGACUGGCUGGGGCCAGGUUAAACAGUGCUUCUCAGCCAACUCCACACUGACCCCAGCGUUGCGGGAGGCCGAGGUGUUUAUCAUGGACAACAAGAUUUGUGACCGGAUUUACCGCAAGAAGUCCCUCAUCCCCCGCGUUGUCCCCCUUGUCCUGGGGGACAUGAUCUGUGCCACCAAUAUGGAGAAAACUUGUGCUAUGGGGGACCCUGGGGGUCCGUUGGCUUGUGAAGUCGAGGAUAGAUGGAUUCUUGCUGGGGUGUUGUCCUGGGAAAAGGCCUGAGCCCAAGUACAUAAUCCAGGAGUGUACACCCGUAUCACCAAAUACAGCAAAUGGAUCAAGAAGCAAAUAAGCAAUGGGGUUCUCUCAGUCCUCUGCACCUCCUCCUGGCUCCUACUCCUGUCCUGGCUGCUGCAGCCCCAGAUGGGCCCCUGAUCUCCCUUCUCCUUUCUUCUCUGUGCUUUGCCUUUGCCAAAUGGGGCCAGAUCAAGGUUAGAUCAAGGUCAUGGGUCUGUAAUCAACAAAGAUCAAGGUGGGAAAAGAGUGGCCCCUGGGAGACUGGGUCCUGCUUUGACCUCCUAGUGGGGAGGAUGUGGUGGAUGACUAGGCUUUGAGUGACCAGGAGAAGGAAAUUGUGGCCUAGAAGGGCUUUGGAAUUGGGGACCAGGAUAGCAGGGAUUAUAUCUGUGCAAACAUGAGCUGGCUCUGUUCUCUUUUCUGGGUGGCCCCCGGGUGUCGGGGGUUGGUGCGUGGGUAAGGCCUCCUGGAAUUAAUUCUGCCAGCAGGCUCUUCAGAGUGGGGACUGAUGGUUUUUGCUAUAUCACUUGUGCUGGGGCUUUGGGAAAGGGCCUGGGCCUGAGGCAUCAGUUUCCUCAACUGGAAAUUGGGCAUGCUGUAAGAGAGCAGUUGAGACAUGCACUGUAGGUGACAGUAGGAAGGACCCACAUAUCGUGCUCCAAAAUCAGCUUUCCUUUUUUUUUAAAAAUGUCAUUAAAAAAAAAAAACUGAUUAUAAAAGUUC